CUCCUGGCCCUUCGGCCCUUGGGGGUGUCGCGGCGCUGGGACGAGGCGGGGCUGCUCCCCGCAGCCGGGGCGCUCGGCGGGCGGACCCGGACCGGGGAAGGGCGACCCCAGCGGCGCGGAGCUGAGCGCCCCGGGCUGUUCCUCCGGGAGGAGAGGGAGCCGGGGCCUCCGGGGCGCCGGGUGAGGGGACCCCAGGCUCCUCGCCCCCGGCCCGGGCCGCCUCGGCCGGAUCCCCGCGGUCUGGACUCUCGGGCGGCGGCGAGGACGGCGUGUCCACCGUCGAGGCAUGAAGGCUGCUGUGCUGGACCUUGGGUCUUUCUUGGCCAAACUCUUCGAGACCUCGACGGCGCCCCCCGCAGGCCCCUCCUCCAGACCCUCGGGAGGUGCUGCAGCUGCAGGGUCGGGGGGCUCCAGGGCGGGCACCCCGCUGGGCACCGCCCCGACCCCCGACCCUCCUCCUCACCCUGGCUCCGGACUCCCCCUCCGCCUCGCGCCGGGCGCCCGCCCCGCUGCUCCCCGCCCCCUACUCCGGGGCUCCGCCGCCAGCCGCGCCGCGGGAGCAGUGGGGACCCUGCUCUCUUGGCCCAGUAGCCCGAGAGCGGGUAAAGCCCCGCCCCAGCCCCCCACUCCCUCCGGCGGGGACUGCUCCCGUGCCCGCCUGGUGGUCCCAGCGCGGCCGCCCCCGGGCUCCGGCGGGGUCUGGGCCGCGCUCCCCCGGAACCCGCGCCAGCUUGGCCCCGGAGAGCGAGAGCCCGGCGCCUGCGUGGCCCCCGGGGCUGGCCCCAGAACCCUGUUCCUUACCCUGCCUGACAUCGGCGAGGAGGGGGCCUCGGACGGCGACUCCGGGGAUGGCGAAUCAAGAGGACUGUCAGAAGGACGUAGAAGGCACAGUUUUACUGUGAGAAGCAAAGAUCCUUUACCUACGCAUUUUACAAGAAAUGUGCAGAAAGCCAUUGAUAAAUAUACCUGCAAAUCCUUGCCAUCCUUUUCCUCCAGCAGAAGCCACACACCCACAGGAGCCCACACCUCUUGGUCUGGGUCGGCCACACAAAGCUCUACCACCGGCUCGUCCACGGAGAGGGGCUCCAUUUAUUCCUGGAGAGAUGACGAAUUUGAUGAAGCCAGUGCACAGUCAGUGCAGCGGUUACUCUGGGAGGUGGAGGAAAUGUUAUUUGAAGGGAAAGUGAACCCUCAGACCCAGAGUCUGCUGGCCGAAUGCGGGGAGUGGACAAGAAGAUCCCUCCAUCUGAGAGUAUUAGGAAGACAGCUGAUCCUGCCCACUGACGAAGGUGUCCAGCAUUUCCAGGGCAGCACUCCUGCCUCUGCAGUCCACAGACCCCUGCUCAGUGCCUGCGGACACAGCAGCAGCAUCAGAGAGUUGUGCAUUUCUGGCUAUCAAAUAGUCCCAGCAGCACUCUCAGCCUCUACCCUGCCAGGCCCUGAUGACACAGGGGUUGCUGACCUAACGGCAUGUUCAUCCCUGGAAGAAGAGGUUUACCAUGUGGAUGGAAAGAUUGAAGAGUAUUUUGCUUUUGACAGAAAAGAGGAUGAUGAUGAAUGUCUUGAACAAAAACCAGCUCAGCCUGGUAGGAAAUGGCGCAAACUCGGACUUCCUCCUGUUUCCCCUCAUGACUGUGUCAAAGAUGCCGUGGCAGCAGAAGUGUUUGAUCACGUCUGGACAAAUAUGGUAGAACUUCUGGAAGAGCUGAUUAGAAAACACUGGGAAACUACACUCACAGAAGGGAAGAAACAGAGAGAAACAUUGAAAGUAGCUGGAAACAGAUUUCCGCACGUCCUCAUUCCACACGCUCGCGCUGAUGGAGCCAGUGUCCCCCCGUCCGGAAGCUCCGAGGCUCACAGCAUCUCCCUGGCUUCUCAUCUGAACCCACCCCAGAUUCAUCGCUUCUCCAGCAGUUUUUAUAGUGACAUGAAUGGUGUCAUGACAAUUCAAGCAAAACCGCUUCAACGGAGACCUACCUAUUUUGCCGACAGAACACAGAAUGAGAAGGAGGACAAAGCAUCGGGUGGAGGGGCAGGUGCUCUCUCCUCCGCACGGCACAGACCGGGACGGGCCUCAGACACUCAUGGAUUACCACCUUCUGCAAAGAAAACACCAGUGCCCUGGAGGCUGCCUUCUCUUGCUUCAGAUUCACAGAGACUAAAAACCCCCAACAUCUAUACUGACGAAGUUCUUCGGGGGAGAAAACUGCCGACUGGCGUGGACCACAUGGCUUCCCCGCUGGUUCAAACAUCACGGAGCAGGUUCCCCCCGAUAGGCACGGAGACCAGGGAGCAGAAUACAGCAGUUCCUGGAUGCCGCCGUGUUUGUUACAGAGGAAGGCAUCUACAAAACCGUGUGGCAAGUACCAUGCCUGACGGUAUAGAACGAUCGCGUCUUCGAGAAAGAACCGCUCCCCUGGAACAGCUGUCAAGGCCCAGCACAACCCACACAUUCCGGCAGUCAGAUACGCCUCGAAAAAGUUCAUUGACACAAAUGGAAUUUGCUGCUCACACAUGGACAGGUCAAAGUAUUUUGACAGGUUCACAAUAUGUGCCUAAAUCUUUUCAGAGGACAACUUUGACUUUAAAGAAGAGAUUCCAAGUGACAUCUUGAAACCACCUCACCAGAACCAUUGGAGCACUCGUGGCCUCAGCACACUGCUUAUCACUUGAAAAAUGGAGGAACAAGUAUUAUAUUUAUCUGUGUGUCUGACAGUGUGAGAUGUUAGACUGAGAGAAACGCAAACAAAUAAACCACUUAAUCUUGAACACUUUGCAUUGUAAAGAGAGUGAAAGUCAAACCCACCAAGCUGCCUUGCUGAAAGCAUCUCCAAGGUUCUGUGGGCUUUGCUCAGAAGACCUUGAUGUGUGUUUGCAAUCUGUCAUUUUAUCAAUGAUACACAAACAUAAUUAGCAUGUGUAUGUACUCACACACUAAUUAUGUGUAAGAAUAUAUUAUCUAGGAAUAUGCCAUUUAUAACUUUGUACUCUGACGUGUUUUCUAGUCUCAUCCUAUUAGUAAUUCUGUCAAAAUCCUAGACACUAGUAGAUAUUAGUAUUUGAGAUGAUAUGUCACAGUCUGAAUAAGACUCAGAUUGUUCUAGUCAUGCUGAGUUUCUCAUACAUUUUUUAAAAGUGCUUCUGCCAUGAACCUCUUUGAGAAAUGUCAGUGGCGAAACCUCCCAAGCUAGUUUUCUUUUUCUAUGUUUCAUCUUCAAAUUCAGACAGUUCACGUGAAGUAUCCCACAUUUAUUGAUCUUAGGGUUGAAUAUAAACGUAAUUAAAAGCUA